AUGGGAAGGAGCACCUCAAUUGCCUAUGCCUUCCCCUUCCGCCUAGGUGCCAUGAAUCCAGCAGCACUCGCACCGGAUGGCGACCUGUCUCCGACCCAUCUCCUGCCCGACUGUUCCGCCACAGCAUCGAGAAUGAGCCAACACCGCGUCGCCAGGCGCUCAGCCAGUCAUGGAGCACUCAGUCACUCCUACACAGCUCAGAGUCGAGCCGGGUCCGACUGCGGUUAUCAAUUGCCUCCUUUCAAGCCGCUUAGGAGCAUUAGGGAGCACACUUUCUUGGACCCUGCCGCAUCAGCAGAGGGCAUGCUGAGGAAGACGACCGAGACUGGCAACAUCGGCAUUUUCUCCAUCAAUGUCACCAGGACCCAUGAUCAGCUCUAUGGCAGGCCCAUUGGUCUGCGUGCCCGGGCAAGCCUCGGAGACUUGCGUCAACCACCGCGGCCGUGGUCGCGAAGCAGCGACAGGCCUGCGGCGCGGGACGAUCGAAAGCAGCUUCCUUCCUACCGCGACAGCACUUCGGAGAUAAUAUCCAUGUAUGGAUCGGAAAAUCACAGCAGCAAGUCCCUCUCUAGCUCGCUCACCACCCCUUGCGAUGAAUACGGUUCGAGGUCGUACUCGAUGACAAGUUGCGGCCCAAGAGGCUAUUUCAUGCAGAGACCCAAUGGCGGCCAUUACUUGCAAGACUACCAGGGGAGAAUCCAGCGACCGAGGUCCCCUUACCCCUAUCCAACCCGUCUACCACGUCAUGGAGUUCGUCCUACCUCUCCAGCCCUGACAGAGAGUGGAAAUGUAGACUAUAGCAGAAUGGUGGAGAUUGACAGGAUCUCUUACACGACAAGGAAUCCACUGCCACUGACCGUGAGACAAGGCGCCAAUCUCUCUGUGCGAUCAGUCUCUGACAAUCAUGUCGCAACCCGCCUUUACCCACUUCGGCCACAAAACCGGCCUCCGCUGCCAAAUCACCUUCAUGCGUGUGGCGUGAGAUCACGGAGCAGGCUCGAAGUUCGCUCUUCGGACCAGAGUUUGAGGACAAUGAGCUUGACAUCAAUGAGCGGCGGCUAUGGUCAGACUUCCUCACGAGUGCGCGGAAUUGCAACAACCCCCAAAAAGCCUCUUUUCUACGACUACAGCGAGGAGUUCGAGGAUCUUAUCGAGCCACCGCCAAUUGACCCAAUUGCACCCAUUCCACAACGCUUUUCAACUUCUUUUCGUCCUGUUGUCUUUCAGAACAGCAGCGUUGAAGGCCCCGAGAGUAUGGAAGAUGCGCAAAACGAAUUUGAGGCUUACCUCCAGGAAGGGACGAGCACAAGCCACCAUGCUAAGGAAGUCAAUGCUUCUAGUGAUUCCCAAAGCCUGCCGACUUGUCUACCAUUUCGUGAUCCUGAUGCGAUUCUGCACCAACCAGCGCACGACCACUCAGAGUCACAUCCGUCCAUGGGGACGGCUGUUUCGGCUGCCAACUGCCUUGAACCACCGUCAGCUUUGGAUGAAGGAGAAACAUUAGGAAAUAUGAGCGAGAGGAAGAAUCUGGGUCAGAGGAAAGAAUUCACGUUCACGGAAACAGCAUCGGACUCUUCUACUCUUGAUGACCCAUCUGAGCCGAAAACGCCAGCCUUGACUACAGGCAUGCCGUCCAAAGUCGGCCCACUUCGGGACUCGCAGGACGGUUGUGCAAAUGUUCAGGACAUCGAGCGUCCGCAGGAAUUUGACAAAUUGGCAACCUCGCCGAAUUCGCCGAAGUACGCCUCCACUGACCUUCUGAAGCCUCACAUGACCAGUGCUGAGGUCUCGGCAUUGCCGAAGGUGAGCUGUAGUCCGCGCCAUGGCAGCCGGUUCUACUCUCUAGGCUCAGGCCUGUCUGAUCUGGCAUCCUUUGUCCAUCAGGUUGAUCAACAUUUUCAGACACCGCGACCAGAGGAGCCCCCAACCGCCCGUGGCGAAUCACAAAGUCCUCACCAUCAAGCACAAAUCAGUAGGGAACCGACAAUUGUCAAGAACAGCCCGUGCUUAGGAGAGAAUAAGAAGCCAGGACCAGAAAAGGCUGCCAACACGGUUUCGUACCCCCCGCGGAUGUCAUCACUCCGUGAAAAUAGGAGGAAAUUUCCAGUAUUGACGGUCAACACCGCAGUAGACGAGCCUCACCAGUAUCAGGUUGUGUCGACACGCGAUGGCCCAACGUUGAACCCUCAGCCGAUCUCCCCCGCGAAGUUGUUGCGCGUGAAAAACAGCAUUCCUCAGUUGAUGAAGGCUUUACCACCACUUCCUGGGUACGCUCCGGCUCCGGAAUCACCCUUUGGGCCAGCUGUUGUGCCCAUGGAAUUCGAGCCCUUCGAGAUAUCUCAGUUAACGGAUGCUCGUUCUACACUGAUUGAUGCUUUUCAGGCAGACGAAGCUCCCAAAGGCUACGAUGCCUUCAUCUUUGACAGGGCUACUAACAAACCGCGACUGAAGUUGAGACACGCAGCGUCAUUCGCGGCGGAACGCGAGAAGACUUCCAGGCGCGAGUACAUCAUCCCGAAAAGUGCCUCCCGGCCUGAUACUUCCGCUAAGCGACCAACAACCUCGACUGGAACCUCAACUGUGACCGCGACGGCUGCAGAGUAUUCCACCGCCCCCGUGAAGCGAAGACUGCCAAUCAAGAUUUCCCGUCCCACCCUCAACUCGCUGGUACCUGACGAUACAGGCACUGUAAAACGACGGCCAGGCAUACAAAAGUCCAGUACUGUGACGGAGCUUGCUUCGCGGGAGCCGAUUGAUCUGUUCAGCUCCGCCGUCGCCUUAAGAGCUGCUGUGGCAGACAACGAGAUGCACUUGACUAAACAAUCAUGCCCACCCAAUGGAAUUCAUUCUGACACGCCGGUCGUCAAAAUCACUCCGUUGGCGAGUAUUCGGCAAGUUGCUGCCGACGUUGACACAAGGGGCACAUCCCUGGACACGCAGAUGGACAUGAUGCGCAUACCAAGUGUCGACUCCCAACCAGGUGUGGCGUGCGAGAUGCAGAGCUUCUUCUCUGACAACAGCAUUGUAAAGCCACGCCAAGGGCUGAGAAAACGAAUUUCCAAUCUGAGAUUGAGAAUUACAGAGUCUCGAAACCAUCACAAAUCUCCGCUGAGCAAGCUACAUCGUGAUGACCGGGUUCCGGAAAGCCACCACGAUUUCGUUGGUGGUUCCUUGGCCCCUGACGACCAGCCAACGGGCUCGUGUAAAGAGCAGUUCGCAUCAACGAGUGACCGCGAAUCUCAAUCACCCAUUUCAGGCAAGCGACGAUUGAGAGGCAGACUGGAAAAGUUCAUGAAGGGCGCAAAGCACAAACUCCGGACUUGGGGUAACCCCAAACGCAGAACUGAUUGA